AUGUCGCCUCUCCUUCGCUCCUCGCUCCUCCUCCGCUCACAUCUCUUCCCCUCCCCGUCCAUCCACCACAUUCGCUAUGCGACCACCUCCGUCGCUGGCCUGUCACCACAAGAAAAAAAGAAGGCAUUCAGCCAUACUCUGAAGCUGCCAAAGACUUCAUUUCCUCUCAGACACAAAGACAUCGUGGCAGCGGAGAAACUUCAAAGACGGAAGACCUGCGAUCAGCUCUAUCAGAAGCAGCUGGCGAAUAACCCUAAGGAGGCGUUCGUGCUUCAUGACGGCCCCCCUUACGCCAAUGGUCAUCUCCACAUGGGUCAUGCACUCAAUAAGGUGUUGAAGGAUAUUAUCAAUAGGUAUAAGGUCGUAAGAGGCCAUCGAGUCCACUACGUACCUGGAUGGGACACUCAUGGGUUGCCCAUCGAGCAGAAAGCGCUCGCUGCUAUAGGAAAGUCACAUACGUCUUUGACCCCGAGCCAAGUCAGAGCCGAAGCGCGACAAGUCGCUCUCAGUGCCAUAGAUGUUCAAAAAGAGGAGAUGCGGGCUCUAGGCAUCAUGGCGGAUUGGGACCAUAAGGACGGUACUUAUCGCACGCUCGAUAUAGACCACGAUUUUGAAAUUCGACAACUUGAACUCUUUCAAACCAUGAUCCAAAAAGAACUCAUCCAAUACCGCCUCCGGCCGGUAUAUUACUCCCCAUCAUCUCGCACUGCACUCGCAGAAGCCGAAUUGGAAUACAGAGAUGGUCACAAGUCACAUUCCGUUUACGUGUCUUUCCCUGUACAAGAAGAGGACAUGUCUGAGGGCUUGAGAGCUAUUUACUCGCGACAUAAGAGCUGGAGUUCGGGGGUAGAUUUGGCUAUCUGGACUACGACUCCAUGGACACUUCCAGGAAACUCUGGCGUGGCCGUUCACGAGAAUCUGACAUACGAUGUCGUCAGAAACGACCACGGCCGACUUUUGGUCGUCGCUAACGACCGAGUGGCAGAUCUGCAGCGGAUAUUCGGACACCUGACUGUGGUGGGUUCCCUCCCGGGCUCGUCGCUUGUCGGUUCUCGCUACACCCACAUCUUCCAUCCCCCUUCUUCUCCCUCCCCCAAACCUCAAAUCUUUGCAGGGGGUCAUGUCACAGCUGGGACAGGGACAGGCCUCGUCCAUUCCGCCCCUGCACAUGGCCAUGAGGACUAUGUAGCGUUCAACAAUGCUGGAAUCUUACCCGACAAGUUGAGAUGCCCUGUAGAUGAUGCUGGCUGUUUCACCGAUGAGCUGAUGAGCUGGGUGGAGGAUGAAAAGUUCAGGGCUCUGGUGGGCAAGGCAGUGUUGGGAGAAGGCACGAAGACGAUGGUAGAGCUUCUCCGGGGGGAGGGUGUGCUGCUAGGUGAUGAGAUCAUUGAACAUCGCUAUCCGUACGACUGGAAAUCGAAACAACCGAUCAUUGUGCGUGCCACUCCCCAGUGGUUCGCUGAUGUUGAGCACAUCAAGGACGAUGCUCUGGACGCUUUGAAGGCUGUACAUUUCCAUCCCCCGCAAGCGAGGAAACGCUUGGAGACCUUUGUGCUGUCAAGAAAUGAGUGGUGCAUUUCCCGACAACGGAGCUGGGGCGUGCCCAUACCUGUCCUCUUCGACUCCCACGGAGGCCCAGUGACAGACGCCGAUGCCCUCGCCCAUGUUAUCCAAGUUCUGAAGAGAGAAGGUACCGACCACUGGUGGUCUGGCCCUGUUGAAGACUUCGUUCCCCCUUCUCGCAAGGGUGAGCAGCUCAGCAAGGGUGUUGACACCCUAGACGUUUGGUUUGACAGCGGCUCGUCUUGGACGCUCCUGAGAGAUAGCAAGAUCCGUGAUCCAGAGCUGCCACUGGCAGACGUGUAUCUCGAAGGCUCAGAUCAGCAUCGAGGCUGGUUCCAGUCUUCUCUACUCACGAAGGUCACUAGUACGAGUGACAGGCGCGCACCGUAUGGGACGGUCAUCACGCAUGGAUUCGUGAUGGAUGAGAAAGGAGACAAGAUGAGCAAGUCAACUGGGAAUGGGUUGUCGCCCAUGGAGAUCAUUCAUGGACUCGGAGACUCGCCGGCAUACGGGGCUGAUACGUUACGGCUUUGGGCGGCAUCAGUAGACUAUACCUGUGACGCUUCCAUAGGACCUUCUUCUAUAUCUCACGCUAGCGAAACGCUCAGAAGACUGAGAAACACUGCCAGGUUCUUGCUUGCCAAUACAUCGGAGCAUGAGAAGGUGUCUUUGGAGGACGUGGAACUGAGAGCUAUUGACCGUUAUGUGUUGCAUCAAUUGCAUGACUUGGAGCUGGUGGCUUUGGCUGGAUAUGACAGUUACACUUUCAACAAAGUGGUCAAUGCUCUCUCCACCUUUGCCGUUUCAACACUGUCCACCUUAUACUUCGAUAUCGUCAAGGACACUCUCUACUGUGAAAAACUCGACAGCCCGGCUCGGCUGGCCACUGUUGCGGUCUUACAGACUGUUCUGAAACGCAUGAUUCAAAUUAUGGCACCCAUCAUCCCGCACUUGGCGGAAGAGCUGCACCAAAACACCAACCCUUUGGAAGACUCUUCUGCAUUUCUUGGGACUUGGGAACCGAGCGAUAUUUGGUCAGACCCGGCCUUGCAGAAGGAUGUGGGCUACUUACUCGCCAUAAAGCCUCUUGUCUCACAACUUGUGGAAGAAGCGCGUGCAGCCAAGCACGUCAAGAUGUCGUCAGAGACUGAGCUUUGGAUAGCAGCAAGUGGUAUUUCUCAUACUGUGUUGAGCAGAAAUGCGAAUCUACUUCAGAGUCUCUUUGGCGUUUCUCGAGUUACAUUGGGCACCGACCUUUCGUCCAGAGAGUCUCUUGCAAGUGUGGAUGCUGAAAUUGACGAUGCCCGAGUAUCUUUGAAGCUUUUGCCGUCUUCACAACACCAGUGUCCUCGCUGCUGGCUGUACCAGUCGGAAGUUGUCGACCAUUUGUGUACCAGAUGUGCUUCAAUAGUAGUCGUGUAA